AUUUUGCUGGUGGUGACAGGAGAUGAUUUUGGUUACUGUCCCAAGAGGAAUCAAGGGAUUGUCGACUGCUUCAAGUUUGGAGGCAUAUCCUCUGUGUCACUGCUGGUGAAUGCAUCUGCUGCCAAAGAUGCCGCAGAUCUGGCUAAAAGGAAAUUUUGAACAUGACAAGAAAAGGAUAGUGAGCCUGCUGGUAACCAACCGUUGAAUCAGGAUUGUACUUGGAGCCGGCGGCAUCUGUCCUCUGGUCCCAAGCGUCCUCUUCCGCGCUGCAUUGGUUCUUCUCUAGAUGCUGCAGUCCCAGGAAUGGGGCACAACAUUCCAAUUGGGCUCCAUGCCAACCUAUCAGAAGGCAUCCCUGUGUGUCAGAGCCUCCGUCAGGCCUCGACACUUGUCAAUGAGCGUGGCUUUUUCCAUGGAAAGAUGGGCUUCCGUCAGGCACUGGGACGACGUCAGAUAAGCAUGGAACAGGUGGAGCUAGAGCUGAGAGACCAGAUCAGGCUUUUCAGAGAACUGACGGGUCACCUACCUCAUCAUAUGGAUGGACAUCAACAUGUCCAUAUACUGCAAGAGGUACGUGAGGUGUUUGCACAGGUCCUGUCAGAUCACAGAAUUCCAUAUACUCGUGUUCCAGUGGAGCCAGGUUUACACAGCUGCCAGUGGCUGCCGGCUCAUCUCAAAAGAUUCUACGCUCAGGUGGAGAAAGACGCUCUGGAUUCUGUCCCUGUGUUCAGGCGUUAUGGACUUAGGUGGCCAGAUGUGUACCUUGGACUGACCACAGUAGGCCAGAACAUGUCUGUCUCCAACCUUCAGAGGACCCUCAGCCAUGCCUUCAGUAUGUCCUCCUGUGCCGCGUCCAAUCCUGAAGAGCGAGUGGUCACAGCAGAACUCAUGGUCCACCCAGGUUACCCCAGUCAUCCACAAAAAGGUGGCUGUGGAGAAGGACCGGAUGACUUCUCCCAGUCAGCAGAUCGGCAACAUGAACUCAGUGUGCUCACUGAUUUGUCACUACUUGCUAUGUACCGCAAGGAAAGAGUGCAGCUCUGUGCUUUUAAAGACCUUUGAGAAUAUGUGUUCACUAUAUUAAUUGGAGAGCUUCACCAGAUGAAUUUGUUGGGAAGAUAACUUUUGUUUCAUUAAGAAUCACAUUGACUAUCCUUACUCUUGACACUUGACGAAAAUUUCAGAACUACCGUAAAACCAUGUUAUAUUUGGGGGCAAUUUUGAAACGUUUUACUGUUAUUAAACUUGAACUACAAUGUGAUGCUAUUUAUUAAGAAAUCACAGGACCCUUGGAUGAGUACAGAAAAGUAUAGGCCAAGGGGCAAUUUCUAAACAACGAACCAACAAAACAAGACAUCAAAAGACUGGUAGUGGUAGAUUUUGUUUCAUUAAAGUUGACUAAAUUGGGCUUUGGGUGGCACCAUCUAUUGGCCAGCCACCGCUGACACAUAUAUGGGAGUUGAAACAUUUACAUACGCUGUGUAAAAAACAUUUUUUUCUCAGUGUCAUGAAAUCAGACAAUUUUUCUUUUUCUUGUUUUAGAUCAAUUCAAAUUACCGAAAUAAUUUAUAUUUUGUAAUAAAUGCCAGAAUGAUGUGAAGAAUUUUGCGGGGGACACAUUUUCAUUACUUUAUUCAAAAUCAGAAGUUUACAUGUAAUAAGAUUACUGUGCCUUUAAACAAUUUGAGAAAACCCA